AUGUCCGACACCCCGGAGAACAUGCGGGGUACCCGCAAGACACAUACCCGCGACACCGACACAACCAACAAUACCACCACUGCAGCCCAUACACAGAACAAUGCCAAUGCACCAGCACACCAGUCCUCCGCUCAAUCCACAUCUACCCCAAAUGACAAAACCCAGCCCUCCUUAGCGCGCCGCGUCCAAAAUUCCGCGACGGGACUCGCCCGCAGCGCAUUCCAAGGCGCUGGUAGCAAUGCCGCCCAGACACUGUCCAGCGCGACGAAUGGAAAGAGCGGAUCGUUCCCAACUGCCUCGAGUGCUAGGCAUGCCAGUCAGGAUGUGCUUGGAUCUGGGGCGCUAAGCGCGUCACCAGGACAGAGCGCGCAGGGAUUUGGGGCGGGGGAGGCCUUUCGCGGUGGACAGGAUACAAGUGGCUCGUCGCAGACACAAGGCGGAUUUGAGAUUCCAGCUCUGAACGAGGAGGAUUUCCAGCAUGUGUAUGGAUCUAGUGGUUUGGGACUCGAACAGGGCCUUGAAGAUGUAUCAGCAUCAACAGGUGUCAAUACACAAUCCAGCCGUGAAAGUCUCCAAUCCUCCACGACAGGAAACUGGAAGGGAAAGCAACGCGCCCAAGAUCCCAUGCAGAUGGAGUAUACAUCAACAUGGGAGCGUGCGAAAGCGAAUAUCCACCCCGAACAAUCAGAAGCCGCACAGCAUUUGGAUCCGGCGGACGGCGCAGCGGUGGUAUCGCUUCUUUCCGAUACGUCGUUCGAUGCGAAUUUCGGUGGCGCCUACGGCGAUCAAGACACAUAUCUAGGCGCAGAUCUAGAUCCCGAUGCAGCACCUCCACCUCUAACAGCAGAAGAAAUCAAGAUGCUCGAAUCUUUCCGAAGGCAAGUCGCACAGGAAGAGGGUGGGAUACAGCCGUCACAAGCAUCGCUGUCAUCCUUCAGCCUGGUUCCGGAUAUUGAUACAUUCCUACAAGAAAAUGAUCCGGCUGCGUAUGCAUCUGUACCUGCACCAACACAAACGGAUCUUGGAAAGUCAACGUCAACUCCUCUUCGUGAUGCCGUGCUCUCUCAGCUUCCCGGCGCGGAAGACUGGGUGAGCGUGCAUGAGCGAUACCAUGAUGAGGUUUGGGGAUAUCUGCGCCCUGCACUGGAAGCUGCCCAGAAGGAGAUUGAGGAGCAAACCGAGAUAGGAGACGAAGGUGAUGGACCUGCUGUUAGGCGAUUGAAGAUGAUUUUGAAACAUAUGAAGGCUUGA